AUGAUCAUGAUCGUGCCGCCGGGGUUCUCCAUCCUGAGCGAUCCGGCCAAUUGGCUGCACGUGGAUUCGGUGUCCGGCGAGGUGCGAACCGCCGCUAAGCUCGAUCGGGAGUCGAGCUUUGUCCAGGAUGGGCGGUACUACACGGCGUCCUUCCUCGCCACGGACGACGGGAACCCCCCGGCCACGGGCACGAGCACGCUGGUCAUCACCCUCGCGGACGUCAACGACAACGCUCCGACGGUGACGCCGCUGCAGGGCCGCGUGUGCGAGGGGGUCCGCGGCGUGGCCGUGGCGCUGCUGCGCGCCUCUGACCGGGACGCGGGAGCCAACGGCGGCCCCUUCUCCUUCGUCCUGCGCGGCGCCUCGGCCGCCGCGUGGAAGCUCGAAGGGGCCAACGGCACGCACGCUCAGCUGGUGCUCACGCGGCCGCUGCCCCUGGGCUUGCACCGCGUGCAGCUGCGCGUCACCGACUCGGGCGUGCCCCCCCAGAACGCCGACGUGGCCUUCCAGGCGUCCUGUGUGCAGUUGCCCCGCAGGGCUCAGAGCCCGACUGCAGCGCCGCGGGGUCCCCCCUCCUCCUCCUGCUCGCGGCCCCCGGAGGCUGCGGGCUCCUCGCCGCCCUCCUCAUCGCCGCGGCGUCCACGCUGCUCGCCUUCCUCUAGGGGGGGGGAGGCGAGGGAGUCUCUGGCUCCCCCUGUGCAUGUGGUGCCCCCCGACUUCCCCAACCCGCUGCCCCCCCCCCCCAACCGCCAUCACCCCCCCACCACCACCGCCGUGAACACGCCACGCACACGCCACGCACCGUGUAGGCAAGCAGCGCGCGCGUGGCGUGCUCGUGGUGACGCGCAGCGUGCGUCGCCGCGGACACGGCCAGGCCACGUGUCGCCACUGACGCACCGACACAACACGCAGCCCAAGACAAAGACAAAGAUCCCCCGUAUGGCCUUGAACAGACUGUUGGGGCAAGUGUUGCUAGCGAGCACACGCACCCCGCACGGGUCACCACACGCAACAACAACGGCAGCAGCAGCAGCCAACAAAAGCAGCCGUGUACCACCAAAGUGGUGCUGACGUCACCACGGCGCCAGGCUAGGUGCACACACACACGUGGUCUCGCCUGUCUCCACUGCUAGCCUGCCGUGCUCGAGUGGUGCUGCAGUAGCACCGUAGCUACACCUGUUGGCUCUAGGGGGGCAAGUUGAUGCAGCACACCGCUGUUCUCAGCUGCCCUGCGUGAUGUUAAAAGAAAACACUCCAAAGCUAUUUAACUAUUUUUAUUUUACCAGCUCUAGCCCACUGAGCUUGCGUAGUUCUCUUUCAGAAGCGACCUGGCCACCAAUGACAACGCAACAAAUCGUGUGGAAAUCUAAAGCAGUCAAAUACUCUAAACACACGUGGAGGAAAAAACCUGAGAGCCCGGAGAAAAAUCCACGCGACCACGGGGAGAGAGGCACGCAAACCCCACAUAUGCAGUAGGCGUCAGGGUCGGGAUCGAACCCACGACUUUCUGUGUACCGGGCGAGGUAGUUAACAUUUCGCCACCGUGGCGUCCCUUUGUACUGGUGGGGAGCGGUGGUGCCGUGGUUAGCGCGCUGCGCGACGAACUCGGCCACCCAACUUCGAUUCCUGCUUAAGACCAAUAACUGGCGAAUAAUUUAACCCGUCCUCGGCCUCCCCUAACUCGACUCAGCCUUUCAAUGAGUACCUGGUGCGAGAGUGUAAACAUCAGCACUGGGGAGACAAAGGCGGCCGGGCGUGGUGUUGGCCACCCACCCCCAUGCGUACCGUGCCUGGCCUUCAAAUGUGCUCGCUAACAGCACUUGCCCCAACAGUCUGUUAAAGGCUACACGGGGGAUCUUUGUCUUUGUAUAGCACUUCUCCUCACUGCCCCCCCCCCCCUUGUUACUCCACUGCUGGAUAAGUUCGCCCUCUGCUACGCCGUGCGGGUUGGUGAGGGGUCAUUUGACCAUACUUCACCGCGCUGGUCAAUGAAGCUCGGUGAAGUCGGGGAGUAGAGACGAUGUAGCAUAGAAGUGCAGUACAACAAUAUUUUUUUUCUGAUGAGUGAAUAAUACGCAGUUGGGAUAGCAGUGGCACAGUGGUUGGUUGGCGCAUGCUGUGCUACGAACCCUGCGAUACAAGUUCGAUACCCAGGCCAACAACGACAAACGUGAGCGAGGCGACGAGUGCUACCUGAACCAGUACCUGGACUGUCUCUCCCCGGCAACCUUCACCAACGCGCACUGGACCAGCGCGGGGAAGUAUGGUCUAACAACUCCCACCGUGCACCACGCGGCGUGGGGAGGCCUUCAUUCAGCAGUGGUUUGAGAAUAACGGGUAGGGGGUGGUGCUGCUGUUGUUAUAAUUGUUCAAUUGUUUCAAACUCCACCGGGGGACGGCCCCGGGACACGCCACACCCGCCCGUGUGUGCGGCGUCAGCUCCUCGACGAGGAGCUGUGAGAUGAACAAG